AGACGCUUGUAAAAAACGCGGUAAAAUUUGACAGCUGUAAACAUGUCCAAACGGAAGGGUCUAAGUGUAGAUGAGAAGAGACAUAGAAUGAUGGAAUUCUUCUUUGAGAAGAAAGAUUUUUUCCAACUGAAGGAGCUAGAGCGGCAAUGUCAGAAGGAGAAAGGUAUAACGUCUAUGUCAGUGAAGGAGAUUCUCACAAGUCUGGUUGAUGACGGUAUGGUUGAUACAGACAAAAUUGGCACCUCUGUGUACUUCUGGGCUUUCCCAAGUAAAGCAAGUCAGAAUCGUAAAAGGAAACUAGAAGACCUUCAAGCAAAAGUAUCUGAUGCAGAAAAUCGUAAAGUUUCACUGAUGGAUGCUGUAGCUAAGGCUAAAGUUGGGAAAGAGGAAUCUGAUGAUCGAAGUGAUAUUCUCUCCCGUUUGAGUGAGAUACAAGGGGAGAAAACUAGGCUGGAGUUUGAGCUGGAAAGGUAUCGCGAGUGUGACCCUGAGGUCAUUGAGGGGCUGAAACAGGAGACGAAAACUGCCAAAGAAGCAGCUAACAGAUGGACAGACAAUAUAUUCUCAACAAAGUCCUGGAUCAAGAACAAGUUUUGUUUCGAAGAAUCUGUUAUUAACAAACAAUUUGAAAUACCAGAGGACUUGGAUUAUCUUGAAUAACGUGCUUUUGCACAGACAUUUGUGAUUUGUGUUUUUAUUUUGUUCUGUCACUUAACUGUUAAUGAGAUGUUGUUAAAUCAAUAAUUUGUCUUCUGCAAAUUUAUUUUUUCUCUUCAAACUUGAGAAAAAUUGGGUAAUCAUUUAAUUGUGUUGGCAUAAAAUUUGUAGGAUUCGGCAAUUUAAUAAUCUAUUUUUCGGCAAAAUAAAUUAUUUUGUUGGGACAGAGAUUUUUGGGUUUCAGAUCUUUCAAGAUGGAAUUAAGAAAAAUAUACUUAAAAAUCAAGACUUAAUUUCCUGGAUUGAAGCAGCCAAGAAUUCUACAAAAAUUAAGUCUCCUGCAAGUAUUAAUGAAUUCACAAUACCCAGUAGUGUCCUAACAUGGUACAGUCAAACCUUUGCUAAAUACCAAAUGUGAACAGAGACAACCUGUCUCCAAAUACCACUAGUAUUGUUUAUCUAUUUAAACAUUUACAAUGUAUUUUAAACUGUGAAUUAAAAACCACCUGCAAAUAAAGACCACAUUUUUGCUCUUCCAUAGUUGGUCUUUACAGAUAGGUUUGACUGUAUACCCUUUCUAGAUUGAAUAUCACUCAGGGAACGUUUGUUAAAUGUGUUUGAUGUAAAGACGUUUUGUCGAGACAUUAAAAAAUUGUUCUAUA